AUGUGGACCAGCAACCCAGUUAAGAAUCCCAUUGUUCCCGGCACAAUUCUCACGAAAGAGGGAAAAGGAAAAGAAGUCGAUGCAACGGUGUACAAGCAAUUAGUGGGUAGUCUGAUGUACCUCACAGUUACACGACCCGACCUUAUGUAUGUGGUUUGUUUAAUAUCUCGGUUCAUGGCUAAACCAAGGGAAGAGCAUAUGAAGAUAGCAAAGAGGGUGUUGAAGUAUUUGAAGGGUACACAUGGUUAUGGUCUCCUGUACAGGAAGAAUGCCUCUACAAAAUUCAAAGCAUACACCGAUAGCGAUUAUGCAAGAGACAUCGAAGACAGAAGGUGCACCUCUGGCUAUGUCUUUCUUUUAAGCGAAGGAGCGACAUGCUGGAGCUCAAGAAAGCAGCCUAUUGUCACUUUAUCAUCAACAGAAGCCGAAACGUAG